AAAUAAAUAAAUAACAAAAAAAAUAAAAAAAAUAAAAGCGCAAAUAUCGGAGAGAUCUAGGUACCAACAACCACGUCACUCCUUGUCCCCACCACCCUCUCCUUCUCUCUUCUUCUUCUUCUUCUUCUUCUCUCCCUCAUCACACUCCAUUUCUCUUCUCCUUCUCCAAACCUUCAACAAUGAAGAGCAUCAGCAGCGCUAAGCUCAUCCUCCUCCAACCCUCCCCAAACAACAAACAACUCCCAAUCUGGACCACCCUCUCUCUCCCUUCCCACCACCGCGUCUGGCUCAUCGCCUUCAUCUCCUUCCUCACCUUCGCCUCUCUUCUCACUCUCCUCACCACCACUUCCACUUCCUCCCAUUCCCCUCCUAACCCUAAUCUCUCCAUCUCCUCCGCCGUCUCCACAUCCUCCUCCUCCUCCUCCGUCACCCCUCUCCCUUCUCACAUCUUCGACACUCUCCUCCACUACGCUCUCACCGCUAACUCAUCUUCCCGUAUGGACGAUGGUGACCUCCGCGCCAUCGCCGCCGUUCUCCGCCGUCGCGCCCCUUGCAAUCUCCUCAUCUUCGGUCUCGGCCAGGAAACCCUCCUCUGGCGUGCUCUCAACCACGGCGGCCGCACCGUCUUCCUCGAUGAAAACGAGUACUACGCCGCCCACUUCGAAGAACGCCAUCCCGGCCUCGAAGCCUACGAUGUCUCUUAUAUAACCAAGGUCAAGGAACUCCCUGAACUCCUCGCCGCCGCCCGAUCUCAGAUCAAGACCGAGUGCCGCCCCGUUCAAAACCUCUUGUUCUCCGAUUGUCGUCUCGCCAUUAACGACCUCCCCAACCAGCUCUACGACAUGGCUUGGGACGUCAUCCUCGUUGACGGGCCACGCGGGUACCAUUCCUCCUCGCCGGGGAGGAUGUCGGCGAUCUUCACGGCGGCGGUGAUGGCACGGUCGCAGGGGGCCGGAUCGGCGGAGGUUCUUGUGCACGAUUACGAGCGGGAGGUGGAGAGGGUUUGCAGUGAGGAGUUUCUUUGCGCGGAGAACAUGGUCGGACACACUGAUCAGCUGGCGCAUUUUGUUAUUCCUCGUAACAGCGCCGCCGCUGCCGCCGGUGAGUUCUGCGUUAACCGUACGGCGGUGCCGGCGGGUUCUUUGUAGAAAUAAAAAUAAUAGUAAUAAUAAUAAUGUGGAUGAUAUUUACAGGAGUCAAUCAAUCACUCAAUCAACUGUAAUUUGUGUUUUUUUUUUUACUUUUUUUACUUUUUUAUUUUUAUUUUUAUUUUUAUUUUUUUGAAGGGAUAGUAAUUAAUGGGGAAUAUAUAUGUAUGUAUUAUAUAAUUGUGUAAUGUGGUGGUGGUGAUGGAAAAGUGGAAACUGGAAGUUGAGCAUAUUAUUUGAUGAGGUAUCUUCUCUUUAGCA